GAAAUAUUCAAAAUGGCUGCGCCCACAGGGCAGCAUGAUUCUUCUAAGGACGGUACAAAUACUAACCCUGCUGAGUUGUUAGCCGUUGUGUCAAGGGAAGUUUUAGGGGGGAAUCAUGGAAUUCGUAGGUAUCAAGCUCCAAUCGUCAUUGGUGGUAUACCAAGGUUUCCACUGCACAAACAAGAAGUCAUGAUCACCAAGUUCUUCGAAGGUUGCACCUUCAAAUUUUGUGCCAGCGGAGUAAUGGGGUUUGCCUUGGGAGGCGUGUUUGGAUUGUUCACUGCGUCCAUUGAUCCAAUGUCAACCAUGUCUACAGAAACUCCAACCACCAAGAUGGUGCUACAAGAAAUGAAAGCACGUUCCUGGAGCUACGGAAAAAACUUUGCCAUUGUUGGAGCCAUGUUUGCCACAACAGAAUGUCUGAUUGAAUCAUACCGUGGGAAGACAGAACUGAUUAAUGGGACAAUGUCUGGAGGAAUUGUUGGUGGUGUCCUGGGCAUCAGAGCGGGACUCAAAGCCGGCGCAAUAGGAUCUCUUGGGUUUGCAGCUUUUUCAACACUAAUAGACUAUUACAUGAGGCACAUGUGAUGUAACACUGGUCCAAAGGACAAUAGAGCCUAAACCUAUAGACUUGUAUAUGUAAUUUAAGUUAACUGUAUAAAACUUCAAAGUAUCAUGUGAAGGUGUCUUCUGGAAUAGAAAUAGAUGUGUGUGUUACUUUAGAUCUUCAAAUGGUGAACUAUAAUGAUAUACGUAUAUAUAUACCAUUGAUGGCAACAUUCCUGGUGUGUCUGGUAAUUAUGACCCAGAGGAAACCUGUAUGAGAGGUCAUCAGAUUAGAUACCCUGUAGUUAUAAUAAGUACAGGUUAGAGAAAGAUUUCAAAUCUGUUGUAACUUACGAUUUAUGUACUGACCAAUAUAACAUAGUUAUUCUGUGUUUCAUUCUCUUUUGAAUUUAAAAAGAAUGGUCUUUUUCAUUUUUUAUGCUGCCUGUGGAUAUGCUUACAAGAAUUUUUUCUGUUUAUUAUCAAAGAAAACUAAAAUCCCAAAAUUUGGCUCAACCUCUAUAUAUUUAAGAUCCUAAAACAAAUUUCAGAUGUUAUGAAAUAUUUCCUCAUGUUAUGUGGAUUUCUUAUAAACAAGCUUAGGUUUUACUGUUUAUUCAAUGCUAGUUUGUUACUAUGGUAGCUCUUCCAAAUCUUAUUUUGCUAUUUUGCACUAUCCUAAUAAGUGUUUCCAUCAAAUCAGUUGUUGCUAUGACAACCCUACCUAGUAUUUCAGCACAACAUAUUACUAUGACAACCCUGUGUAGUGAUUGCAUCGUAUGUUUGUUACUAUGACAACCGUACCUGGUGUUUCCAUCAUAACAUUUGUUACAAUGAGUACUGUAUCAAGUGUUUAAAUUAUAAUAUGGGAUUGUAUAUUUAAUUGUUAGGUAACUACAUAAGAAGAGAUAUUUGAGGGAGUGUGAGUGAAUAUUUUAUUUUAUGCGACCAUUGUUUUAGUUUUAGUUAGAUGGUGUGGAUGUGAUGCAUGGAAAAGAUUACAAAAUGUGAUAAAUGUUUGUUUGGUAUUUUGAGAAAAAUAUUGUGAAAAAUAAAAAAGUGAUUUUGAGUGC